CCCCCGGAAACAUAAACGGUUCACUUAAUCGAUCAGUGGUUCCCAUGCGCACUGAACAAAAAUGCUAAAUCAAACAUGUCAGCAAAUUGAAGAUCAGAAGCAUUUUUAUUAUGUCCUGCACAGCAUGAGUACUGUAAUAAACAUCGAGUAAGAUUACAGACCUGGAGGUAAAGCUCAGAUCGGGCAGGGAUGGAUUCGCUGAACUUUGAGUCAGAGAUGGAGGCGGAUGGGCAGGGCAGUUAUUCUCUGUUUCCAGCGCUGGACAGCAUGAACAGCCUGACUGGAGCCGCCGAGAGUCUCGACGCUGAAACCCCCAGUGAGGUUGCAGAAAAACCGAACCUCACAUGGCUCGAUGCUGCUCAGAUUGUUCUGGAAGAGGCUGGGCGGCCCAUGCACAUCAAGGAGAUCAAGCAGCGGAUCAUUGAUCGUGGACUGGUGCAGUCAAAUGCAAAGUCGAGCCUUGAGGCAGUCAUGUAUCGAGAGACACAGAAAGGCAGCAGACGCUUCAAGAGGAUUGAGAGCAGAAAUGGAGUUUUUGCGCUGUUGACUGAUGAGGAGAGACAGCAUGCGUUGCAGGCGUUUUCUGCUCAGUCGACCUUCUCCAGUUCAGGGUCCGGUUCGUCGCUGGGACACCUUCCUUCUCCCACAAGCCACACUGAGUCCAGGCCUAAGGUCAGGAAAGGUCCUCGCAAGAACCAAAAUGAGAAGUACCGACUGAAGUACAUCCGUCUGCGCAAGGCUGCCCGUUCCAUGAUAUUUGAAAACGCAGCACUUUAUGAUGAGAUUGCUCACCUGGAAGAGAAGUUUGUCCGGGCAAAAGAAGAAAGGAGAUUCCUGCUGAAGUCUUUGUUGCAGUUUCAGUCUCUGUCUGAAGGAGAGGCCGUCCCGACUCCCAGCUGCAGCACACACACACACACACCCGUCACUAUGAGCUCCAGCACACCAGGGGGCGCUGCUCUACCUGUGAGCCAAAGCCAGACCCCUGGACUCUCAGCAUCUGAAGACUGCCUUUUGAAGAAACCCAAAAAAGAACGAAAAGAGAGAGGAAGAGAGACCGGCAGGGAAGAAUUCAUGAAGAGGAUUUGUAAGAGGAGGAAGGUUGCAGAGGGAGGAGUGCGUAAGCUUGUUCAGCCCAUCUCGCUGGACUCUUCCGGGAGACCACUCUUUCCCAUCGUCCUCGGUGGACUGACCGUGUACAGUCUAGGAGAGAUCAUCACAGACAGGGCUCUGUUUCACGACGACACUGCUCUCUAUCCUGUGGGCUUCUGCAGUACCAGAGUUUUCGCCAGCAUGAAGAACUCUGAUCAGAAGUGUCUCUAUACCUGCCAGAUCAAAGAUGGUGGCCAGGGUCCACAGUUUGAGAUCGCACCAGAGGAUGACCCACAGAAUGCAAUCGUUGCUUCAUCUGCGCUCUCCUGCCACACAAACCUGCUCAAAGCCAUCGCCGCCCGCAGUGCCAAACCCCUGAUCAACGUUGUCCCGUCUGGAGCAGACUUUUUUGGUUUCUCUCACCCCACCAUUCAGAACCUGAUCCAGAGCUGUCCCGGGGCUCGCAAGUGCAGCAAUUAUCAGUGGGUGCGUUUCGAGGUUUGUCGGCCUGGGGACGGACAGGUGGCACAUGGCCUUUCAGAAGAUGAUGCGUCUGUGAACUUUGAGUCGUUUCAGCGAGUGCAAAGCUGUGAGGAGAGCCUGACCAAUCAGAACCUUCCGGCAGAACACAGCAGCACAGUGCGACCGCUACAGGCCACCAUCUCCUCGUCUCUCCUGCUGAGCUCGGCCGCGCUGCACAACACAUCUGUCACUGCUCUCUCCAACACUUGAGCUGAUUCAAACUCCUGUCUGAGCUUCACUUUCCAAUCGAGGAUCACUUCAUAUAUCCAGAUGGGUCCUGUUUACAGAAGUACAACUGAAUCAUGGAUUCGUCAUUUGACACUCAGAUCUGCAUUAUGAAA